UGGCGGGGUGACCCCCCCUUCCCAUCCGCUGUUCCCGGCGUCUCGUCCGUCGCGGUCGCUGCUCUCUCGGGCCGUCCCCGCGUUCUGCUUCUCUUCGCGUCGCCCUCCCUGCCUUUGGGGGUCGCCUAAGCUUGCAAAAUGGCUGACGGCCGGGACGACGCCUCCGACCAGCUGAAGCAGUGGCGGAGCCAGCGGGGCUCGCAGAAACCAGAUGUCUUGACGACGGGUGCUGGAAACCCAGUAGGGGAUAAGCUUAAUGUUCUGACAGUAGGGCCACGUGGACCUCUUCUUGUUCAAGAUGUUGUUUUCACUGAUGAGAUGGCUCAUUUUGACAGAGAGAGGAUUCCUGAAAGAGUUGUGCAUGCAAAAGGGGCAGGAGCCUUUGGCUAUUUUGAAGUCACUCAUGAUAUUACCAAGUAUUGUAAGGCAAAAGUGUUUGAACACAUUGGGAAAAGAACUCCCAUUGCUAUACGAUUCUCCACUGUUGCUGGAGAAUCUGGGUCAGCUGAUACAGUUCGUGACCCUCGAGGCUUUGCAAUGAAAUUCUAUACAGAAGAGGGGAACUGGGAUCUUGUGGGAAAUAAUACUCCUAUCUUCUUUAUUCGGGAUGCCAUGUUGUUUCCAUCCUUCAUUCAUAGCCAAAAGAGGAACCCUCAGACUCAUUUAAGGGAUCCUGACAUGAUGUGGGACUUCUGGAGUCUUCGCCCUGAGUCUUUGCAUCAAGUGUCUUUCCUGUUCAGUGACCGUGGCAUUCCUGAUGGCUAUCGCUACAUGAAUGGAUAUGGAUCACAUACAUUUAAACUGGUUAAUGCUAAUGGAAGAGCAGUUUAUUGCAAGUUCCAUGUGAAGACUGACCAGGGCAUCAAAAAUCUUUCUGUUGAAGAAGCAGGAAGAUUGGCUUCUACUGAUCCUGAUUAUGCAAUCCGUGAUCUUUACAAUGCCAUUGCAAAGGGGGACUAUCCGUCAUGGUCUUUCUACAUUCAAGUCAUGACAUUUGAAGAAGCAGAAAAGUUUCCAUUUAAUCCUUUUGAUUUAACUAAGAUUUGGCCACAUGGUGACUACCCUCUCAUCCCUGUGGGUAAGCUUGUCUUGAACAGGAAUCCUGUCAAUUACUUUGCAGAGGUAGAACAGAUGGCAUAUGAUCCCAGCAACAUGCCCCCUGGUAUUGAACCUAGCCCAGAUAAAAUGCUGCAGGGUCGCCUUUUUUCAUAUCCUGACACUCACAGACACCGUCUGGGACCUAAUUAUCUACAAAUUCCUGUCAACUGUCCCUUCAGAACUCGUGUGGCCAAUUACCAGAGGGAUGGACCAAUGUGCAUUUCUGAUAACCAAGGUGGUGCCCCAAACUAUUAUCCAAAUAGUUUUACUGGUCCAGAAGAUCAGCCCACGUUGAAGGAGAGCCGCGUGUGUGUUUCGGGAGAUGUGCAGCGCUUCAACAGUGCAAAUGAAGACAAUGUGACUCAGGUGAGAGAAUUUUAUCUCAAAGUGCUGAAGGAGGAUGAACGCCAGAGGCUGUGUCAAAAUAUUGCUGAUCAUCUGAAAGAUGCCCAGCUCUUCAUUCAGAAGAGAGCUGUGAAAAACUUCACUGAUGUUCAUCCUGACUAUGGUGCCCGUAUCCAGGCUUUGCUGGACAAAUACAAUGCUGACAGUGGGAAAAAAGAUGUAAUUAGGACAUAUACACAGUCCACAUCUCGUGUAUCUGCCAAAGAAAGAUCCAACUUGUAAAGCAUGCUGCAGAGAUUCACUCUAUGAAUUUUGCAUCCUUUCAAGCAAAGGACAACCUGAUGAAGAUGUUAAUGAAUGUAGCAGAUUUCCACACAAAUACAGAAGUGUUUUACAGGCUUGAUAAAUUAAGCUUUCAAGUGCCUGUGUCUGCACUGGAAACUAGGUAAUACAAGCUAACAAUUCUAGUGCCUUUCAUCACUAGUGCUUUACUACUUGUUAACAAUACAUGGUGUUUUUAAGGAAGUCAAUUCUUAAAAUUGUCUUAAUUUUUAGAAGUAAACAUAAAUUUCAUCAAAAUAUUUCAUUUUUUUUGCUGUAAAACUUUCCUGGCUAAAUUGCACAAUAGAGCUUCUGUAAUGAUACUGUGACUAUCCUUAUGGAUAAACUUGUUCAUGUUAAAAAGUUAUUAUCCUCAGUAUUUCUAAUAAAGUAGUUAUCUGUAUGUAUGUAGGCACUUCCUUUGAAUUUCAUUCUUGGCCUUCCAGAAAUACAAUUAUAUGCAAGUAAAAUAUUGGUGAUGUCUCAUUUGUUAUGUUUGAAGUGAAGCUAACUAGAAAGCUUAGGCUUUAAUAUAUGUAUUUUAUUCCCAAUAUAUAUUUUAAGAUCAUAUUUGCUUACUAAUGCUAGGUUGGAAUACAGCUGACCUGAGGGAGAUAAGAAAAUAGCCUUCCCUGUUACAUACACUUCACAACUAAAUUGAUUACAUGUUAGAGUUCUUUAGGGGGGAAAUGGUUCUUUCUAACCUGUAAAAACUUAAAUAGAAAAAUACUUUCCAAGUGUCUGAGAAAUUAAUCUCCCAAUGCAUUAAUAUUUCUAUCUUAGCCAAAUUCAAGAUUAAGCACUUUGAAAACUAGCUCUGGCUUGAUCAAUAGAUGCAAUAUCAAAUUAUGGCAGUAAUUGCAAGAACAGAAUUUCAAGAACUACUAACCUGUUGUGAAAAAUCAGCUGUGAUAUAGAUGCAAUAUAAUAAUAACUGAUACCCCACUCUGUUCUGGGAUUCAGUGGGAUUUUUAGCUGAUGAAGCAGGUGGGAGCUGAAAGAGCUACAUUUGCCUUCAGGAAAGCUGGGAAGGUGAUUUUUUUUUUUUUUUUUUUUUUACCAGGGUAGUGAUAGGAUAAGGGGCAAUGGUUUUAAACUGAAAGAGGGGAGAUUUAGGUUAGACAUCAGGAAGAAAUUCUUCACCAUGAGGGUACGAAGGCACUGGAGUAGGUUGCCCAGGGAGGUUGUGGAAGCCCCAUCCCUGGAGGUGUUCAAGGGCAGGUUGGAUGAAGCUUGUGCAGCCUGGUCUGGUGGGAGGUGUCCCUGCUCAUGGCAGGGAGGUUGGAACCUGAUGAUCUUUAAGGUCCCUUCCAACCUUCACCACUCUAUGAUUCUGUGAAUGGGUGGGAAUUUCCUUGCUGGAGCUUAGAAUCCUAAUGAAUGUUGGAAAAGAAUAAGCAAGGCUGAACCUUUAAUUUUGAAAUGAAUUAUAUUUUCUUCCUCUUUUACUUCUGAAAUAAAACUGAAUUUAAAAGUC